AUGUCUAGCAUGCUGCGCAAGAAGGAGGCCUACACAAUCGUCACUCCGAUCCCGGGGUUCAUCCCGCGCCAGCUCGCCAUCGACAUCCUUCACAGCCAUUCAGAGGUCAUCACCCUGAAUCCCCUGGUCCUCGACCACAAGCCCAUCAAGGCGCCCCAGAAAGCUGCCUCGGAUGAGUACUACAGCACCUGGUAUGAGAUCAACCAGAGGAUCCAGUAUGUCCCAGGCCUCGGCAAGAUGGGCUCCGGCAAAAUCUCCUUCAACGGUUGCUUCCACGACAUGCCGUGGGGCCUGCAGACUCACAUCUACGCCCCCAUGAACGUCGACCUGAGGAACAAGUAUCGAAUCUCCGGCAACCAGCCUGGUGUUGAGCCCCCCGAGCAGCCUGAGAUCGGCCUGGCCUCCCUGGGCGCCCCUAGCGACGGGCUCUACCUUCGCGAUGACGUCGAGAUCAAGUGUAAUGUAGCGGUCAUGUCGUUUGUCAAGGCGCAGAUGAAGGCUGCUUCCAAGGAGAUGGUUUCGCGGAUAAUCAAGAAGGCCGAACUUCUCGACGCCGGGGUGCUGCACGCCAUGAUCGAGGACGGCAAGCUCAAGACCAUCAACCCCAACGACCGGACCGUGACGGUACCAGACGCCCAGGUGUCCCCUAGGCCCUCUCCCACCUCCAUGUAUCACCAGCCCGGCUCCAUGUCACCGCCACCCACGCCGUACCAGAUCCCCCGACCGGCUUCGCACCAGUACCAGAAGAGCGGCACACCCAUGCAGCAAAACCCACACUGGUCUGCCCCGUAUGGAAGUCCACCACCAGCACACCUCCACCCAGCAUUUGCGCAGCCGACACACGCAGAGCUCCCCGCCCAGCAGCAGCCGCAGCCCGGCACCAACAGCUUCCCGGUCGAGAUGCCCGGCGACUUCUCGUACCCCCAGGCCUCACCGCGGCUGCAGCCCCCGCAGCCGUCCCCCACCUACAACAACUCGGACAUGGCCUCGGUCCACUCCUCGUCGCGCACGUCGCCCCAGCCCGCCGGCGACUGGCGCUGGUCCCAGAGCCAGGCCGCCUCGCAGGCCAACACCUCCAGGCCCACGUCCGUGUCGUCCGACGUCUCCGGCGGCGGCGGGUUCCAGUCGCCGGGCCUGGAGCACCAGGGCUUCGCGUCCGAGCUGGCGACGCACAAGGAGACGCCCGAGGAGCACAGCGCCGGGGCGGACGCCGUCAAGAGGCGCGAUUCGAAAUCGGCGCAGGCGCAGAACGCGUAUGCCCCGUAUAACCCGGCAGACUAUGCCAAGGGUCGCGGUGGUAACUAUCCGAGCCAUCCGACGCCGCAUAGUUAUGGGUACAGCCAUUGA